UUGCUUUCAAGAGAUAUCAAUGAAGACAUUAAAAAUAUUUGUGAUCUCCCCGUCGAAAUAAUAGUCGAGUCAGCGGCAAAAUGUAUUAAUACGAUCAAUAGCAGCCUCAAGGCUCCGAGUAGAUUACCACCUGGGGUUUCACAACGAAUAGAGGUAGCAGCUCAAAUGGCGACAAUAUGUAAGGACUUGGGCUACCAAAAUGAUGUUGGUUACCAAACAUUCCUAUAUCACAAUGAGACAGAACUUAGACAAGUGUUCAUGUUUUUGAUAGAGAAGUUACCCAGUGAAGAUACAAAACCAGCCGCUGAAAUAAAACCUAAAGACCAGAAACACAGACUUCUACAAAAUAUAAGCAAUAAAAUAUCCGAGGACCUCACAGCUAUAUGGAUACCUCCAUGCUGUAAACCUACUAACAGAAGUAUUCUGGGGGAUUUUAUAUACAAACAAGCUCGAUCAGAGAUUAAUACAUGUCCAGAAGAUAUAUUGGAAAAACUUAUAAAGAUUCAACAGAUGAAGGAAAAUAUUAAAACGGAUGGAACAAGUGUAUCACAAUCACCAAUGAGAAUGAGUCAUUCAACGAGUACUUCUGAGAUUCCUUUGUGUGAUGAAAAAUCAUAUGAACUUGAUAAGUCCCUCAAAGAAUUAAAAGAAACGGCCGUGAUGUUGAGACAAAAGUAUGAAGCACUCACCAAGGAGAGAAGUGAUAUGGACUCGGAACUAACACAAGUUCAAAAUAAUUGUGCUCGUUAUGAAGCCGACCUCAAGAACAUACAAAAUAUUUUAAUAAGUGCCGGGGUCACUGACCUGGAUACGAUGGAUGAUGGAGGAAAUAUAAUGGAGAAGGUUCAUCAGAAUAUAACGAGACUACAUCAUGACAGUGAAGAUCUGACAUCGAGAAACCUGGCAUUGACCAUGGAAAUAAAUAAGUUAAGGAAUAGUAAGAAACUAAAAGAGUCUGACAGAAGUAAAUGUAGAACAAUAUUGAUAAACCUCAAAGAAACUGCCAAGGCGAUCAAAGAAGAAUGUGAAAAGAAAGAGGAAUUAAGAAAUCAACUUAAAACUAAAUAUGAGAGAUUAAAAGGAGGCAACAAAAGACACAUCUAUACUAAAAGAAUCUUGGAAAUCAUCGGAAAUGUUGACAAACAGAACGCUGAAAUAAAGAAAAUAUUAGACGACACGAGACAGUUACAGAAAGAAAUUAACACGGUUGAAGGACAACUGGACAGAUGCUUCUCAAUCGCUGAUGAAACACUCUUCAAAGAUGCAAAGAGAGACGACCAGGCCAAGAAGGCCUACAAGCUGCUGGCGUUGUUACAUUCUGAAUGUAACACUAUAGUGUCUCUGGUGAAUGAGACGGGAGUGUUGUCCCGAGAGAUCAUUGACCUCGAAGAUAACAUCAAAGCCGAGAAGUCCAAACGAACGGAGGACAUACUGCAGAAAAUACACCUGGACCUGUCGAAACUACAGAAGGAAACUUGA